GCGCGCUCCAGGCUCGCUCCCCCCACUGGGCAAGUCGGUCAGUGAGUGAUUCAGUGAGAGGCAACUGAGCAGAGCGGCUUCCUGUGUUUGUGUCUGUGGAGAGAGAGAGAGAGAGGGAAGGAAGGAGGGAAGGAGGGAAGGAGGAGAGCCAGGAGCAGCCACUGCCACCUGAACAUGCUCUAGAGAACAGGGGGUUGAGGGUGCGGACAGUAACUUCACAAACACCCGCCGACACCCACAAAUACAUGAACCCCCUCCGAAUCCCAACAAGAGUGCAAGAAAUAUAUAACGAAAAAUGGCGAACGACUCUCCUGCUAAAAGUCUGGUGGAUAUAGACCUCUCCUCUCUGCGGGACCCAGCGGGGAUAUUUGAAUUGGUUGAAGUGGUCGGAAAUGGCACCUAUGGACAAGUGUACAAGGGCCGUCAUGUCAAAACAGGUCAACUGGCAGCCAUUAAAGUUAUGGAUGUUACGGAGGAUGAAGAAGAAGAAAUUAAACUGGAGAUCAAUAUGCUGAAGAAAUACUCUCACCACAGGAAUAUAGCCACGUACUAUGGUGCUUUUAUAAAGAAAAGUCCUCCUGGGCAUGAUGAUCAGCUCUGGCUCGUCAUGGAGUUCUGUGGUGCUGGGUCCAUUACAGACUUGGUGAAAAAUACAAAAGGAAAUUCCUUGAAGGAAGAUUGGAUCGCAUAUAUCUGCAGGGAGAUACUCAGGGGACUGGCACAUCUUCAUGUCCACCAUGUCAUUCAUCGUGAUAUCAAAGGGCAGAAUGUUCUGCUGACAGAAAAUGCUGAAGUGAAGCUAGUGGAUUUUGGUGUUAGUGCGCAGCUGGACAGAACCGUUGGUAGAAGAAAUACGUUUAUUGGGACACCUUACUGGAUGGCACCAGAAGUCAUUGCUUGUGACGAGAACCCAGAUGCAACAUAUGAUUACAGAAGUGACCUGUGGUCAUUGGGGAUCACAGCAAUUGAAAUGGCAGAAGGAGCACCUCCUCUUUGUGACAUGCACCCGAUGAGAGCACUGUUCCUCAUUCCCAGGAAUCCACCACCUAGACUAAAAUCAAAGAAAUGGUCAAAGAAAUUUUUUAGCUUUAUAGAGAGUUGUCUGGUGAAGAAUUACAUGCAGCGUCCCUCAACCGAACAUCUGUUGAAACAUCCUUUUAUCCGAGACCAGCCAAAUGAGCGGCAAGUUCGAAUUCAGCUUAAAGAUCACAUUGACAGAACAAGGAAGAAGAGAGGAGAAAAAGAUGAAACCGAAUAUGAAUACAGUGGGAGUGAAGAAGAAGAGGAGGAGUUGCCUGAGCAAGAAGGAGAGCCAAGCUCAAUUGUUAACGUGCCUGGAGAAUCAACUCUUCGUCGUGAUUUCCUGCGAUUGCAGCAGGAGAAUAAGGAACGUUCCGAAGCUAUGCGCAGGCAGCAACUGCUUCAGGAACAGCAGCUCCGAGAACAAGAGGAGUAUAAAAGGCAGUUGCUAGCAGAGCGUCAAAAACGCAUCGAGCAACAAAAAGAGCAGAGACGGCGACUUGAAGAGCAACAGAGACGUGAACGAGAAGCACGGAGGCAACAAGAACGUGAACAAAGGAGGCGUGAGCAAGAGGAGAAACGAAGAUUGGAAGAACUUGAACGUCGAAGGAAGGAAGAGGAGGAAAGAAGAAGGGCAGAAGAAGAAAAGAGGCGAGUGGAGAGAGAGCAGGAGUACAUCAGACGUCAGCUUGAAGAGGAGCAACGUCAUUUGGAAAUUCUCCAGCAGCAAUUGCUCCAAGAGCAGGCCAUGUUACUGGAGUACAAAUGGCGUGAGAUGGAAGAACAACGCCAGGCUGAGAGAUUACAGCGUCAGUUGCAGCAGGAGCAAGUCUAUCUCCUGUCCCUUCAACAUGACCAGAGACAACAGGAGAGGAACAAACAACCUUACCAUGCAUCAGAGCCAAAAUCUCACUUUGAGCCAACUGAUAGAGGCAGAGAGGCUGAUGAAAGGUUCAAGAAGAGUAACCAGGGCUCGCCUCAAGCACAAUCAAAACAAAGUAGCAAAGUUUUGGAGCCUCCAGUGCCUUCACGAUCAGAGUCGUUUUCAAAUGGAAGUUCUGAACCCAAUCCAACUGCAUUGCAUAGGCCCAUGGAGUCACAGGUUCCAGUGAGAACUACACCCAGGUCUCCUGUGUUGUCUCGUCGAGAUUCUCCAUUACAAGGCAGCAGUCAGCCUAGUGCCCAGAAUGCUGCAAGAAGCAAUAUAGAGCCCAGACUGUUGUGGGAGAGGGUGGAGAAGCUCGUACCAAGACCAGGCAGUGGCAGUUCCUCAGGCUCCAGCAACUCUGGCUCACAGCCAGGGUCUCAUCCUGGCUCUCAGACUGGAUCUGGGGAACGUUACAGGCUGCGAUCAUCUUCAAAAUCUGAGGGUUCACCAUCACAACGCCAUGAAAAUCUUACCAAAAAAACAGAAGAUAAAAAGGACUUUAGGCCUAGCAGACCAACUGGCGAAGUGGAUCUUGCUGCCUUGGCUAAGGAACUCCGGGCUGUGGAGGACAUCCGGCCUCCCCAGAAAGUUACUGAUUAUUCGUCAUCAAGUGAUGAAUCGGGAACGACUGAUGAUGAAGAUGAAGAUCUUGACCAGGAAGGGACAGACGAGACUGGUCCUAUGUCCGAUGAUGCUAGAGCAAUAUCGUCUUCAAAGCUGAGCAAUGGAGAGACUGAAUCAGUGAAUACAAUGAUAGUUCACGACGAUCUGGAGUUGCCGACUGAAACUUCUGUUACUCCCUCUAAAGAUGGCACUUUAAUUGUUCGACAGAGCGCAGGUGACUUAAAGCGUGCCAGCCACCAUGAGAGUAAUGGCUUUGCAAGCCGCAUUCACCUCUUGCCAGAUCUCAUACAGCAAAGCCAUUCCUCCACCUCCCCAACCACCCAACAGGCUCCCAUCCUGUCCCCUCAGCUACCCCGGGACGAACUUACUACUAAUGAGACCCAGUCAGCAGGGAGCACACUCCAAAAACACAAAUCCUCCUCGUCAUUCACACCAUUUAUAGAUCCCAGAUUACUGCAGAUCUCUCCAUCAAGUGGAUCUACUAUAUCUUCUGUGGUUGUGCUUUCCAGCGAUCAGAUUAGACCAGACUCCAUGAGGCAGGAUCCAAGUAGAAAAGGCUCAGUUGUCAAUGUAAAUCCAACCAACACAAGGCCACAGAGUGACACACCGGAGAUUCGCAAGUACAAGAAGAGAUUCAACUCUGAGAUUCUUUGUGCUGCCUUAUGGGGUGUGAACUUAUUGGUGGGUACGGAGAGUGGGUUGAUGCUGUUAGACAGGAGUGGCCAAGGGAAGGUGUAUCCAUUAAUCAAUCGAAGGCGCUUCCAACAGAUGGAUGUGCUUGAAGGCUUGAAUGUACUGGUAACAAUAUCAGGGAAGAAGAACAAAUUGCGAGUAUAUUACCUGUCCUGGUUAAGAAACAAGAUUUUACAUAAUGAUCCUGAAGUGGAGAAAAAACAAGGAUGGACAACUGUGGGGGACUUAGAAGGAUGUGUGCACUACAAAGUUGUAAAAUACGAGAGGAUCAAGUUUUUAGUGAUUGCUUUGAAGAAUUCUGUGGAAGUCUAUGCAUGGGCCCCCAAGCCAUACCACAAAUUUAUGGCCUUUAAGUCAUUUACAGACCUGUUGCACAAGCCAUUGUUGGUGGAUCUCACAGUAGAGGAAGGGCAGAGGCUAAAGGUGAUCUACGGCUCCAGCGCUGGCUUCCACGCGGUUGAUGUAGAUUCGGGAACAGUCUAUGAUAUUUAUCUACCCACACAUAUCCAAAGCAGCAUCCAGCCACAUGCUAUUAUCAUCCUUCCAAGCACAGACGGAAUGGAGCUGUUGGUCUGUUAUGAAGAUGAAGGUGUCUAUGUUAAUACUUACGGCCGGAUUACUAAAGAUGUAGUUCUGCAGUGGGGCGAGAUGCCUACAUCUGUCGCAUAUAUCCGAUCCAAUCAGAUUAUGGGCUGGGGAGAGAAGGCAAUUGAAAUCCGUUCAGUGGAGACCGGACAUUUGGAUGGUGUUUUCAUGCAUAAAAGAGCACAACGACUAAAGUUCCUCUGUGAAAGAAAUGACAAGGUCUUCUUUGCUUCAGUCCGUUCCGGUGGAAGCAGCCAGGUUUACUUUAUGACUCUUGGCAGGAGUUCACUUCUCAGCUGGUAGGAAGGGCAUGUUGUGCAUUGGGAGCAACCACAAUCUUCGCAAGAUAGUUGAAAGCCUUGCAUUAGCAAACAACUGGAGAACAAACUGCACUAAUGCAAUGCAUUGCCUAAACCUGUCACUUGGCAUUAAGUGAAUUAUGAAGAGGCUGCAACGUCACUGGUGCUGUUAGAAUUUUACUGUCAGGUGAUGACAUGUCUAGAAUAGAAGAAAAUGCCUCAUCUCAAUUACAGCAUCCCUUGACUUAAGAUGACUGCUUAUUGCUAGCAAAAGACACUAAGAGGAGCAAGGCUGGUUAGGAAGUGGUAAGGCAGUGGGAAGUGAAAGCAAUGGUAUACUGAUGGAGGAGAAAUGUGUUAAUGUAAAGGGGAUCUGAAUUGUCUUUUUAAAAUGCUUUAUCAUCUUAAAGUGACUUUCUUUUGUAAGGUGACAUGUUGAGGAGAAGGAAGUCACAAGUUUUGACUUUUUAAAAAAAAAUGUGAAUCAACAAAUUGAGAGCAGUCAUGUUGGUCUUUGCAACGGCAGGGUCUUGGUCAUUUCUGUAUACCAGGUUUUGCUUGUGUUCUCAAUCUUUUUUUUUAAAAAAAGGUCAAUUGAAAUUUGUGCAGAGGACAGGGUUUUUCAGAUUUGUAUGGAUUUGCAGACCAGAAGCUUUGACGUUUGGUUAUGUUACAGUAUUAUAACUGCCUCUCUUCAAGGUUUGAUGUUUCGUAGCAGUGCAAAAGCAGAUUAACAAGUCCUGCACUCGUAAAUCCCCAACUAAUUUUAACAAAUUUGUUUUGCCUACCUCAUUUGUCUAAGCAAGGGAAAAAAAGAGGUGGUUUAGUCAUUCUAAUGUUUGUACCUGAAACUUGCAUCUUUGUCUAAUUUAACUUUAUUAAUACCAAAUUUAUGAUCAAAAUGUUUGUCUACUGUUAAUUGUAGCUUUUAUUAGCAGGCAAACAAAGGUUAUUUGCAAUUGGGAAAUACGAGCAGAAAUUGACAGGAAACAUGUAGUCAACUGUUCAGGUUAGAAAAUGGAAGCUAGUAACUGGCUGGUAAAUGUGGUCGACUGAGAUAGACACGUAAUUGUAAUCAUUCAGUUAUGUAUGAAUAGCAACAGAUUUUCUUUUUAACUCAGCCAGAAUUGAAUUUAGGCAGCAGUUGAAAAUAGUUUUACUAAGCUAUUUUAUUGCAUUAUAGUAAACUGUAUAUGUAGUAGGGAACAGGUGGUUGAUUUAAGAUGCAAUGCACUAAAACACUUAAUUUCAAGAAUGUAGUAAAACAGCUUAUCAAUACAGUAUAUCUUCCCAUAUUUAGAUCUGAAAUCCCAUUUCUGGAAAGUUUUUUUAAUAUCGCUGUAAACAGAAUUUUAUUUUACAAAAUGUUAGACAUUUACAAAUGUGUCUACAGUAAUAACCUGAACUGUCACUCAAUUACUUGAGAUACCUAUACUGUAUAAUACGCUAUACUGGUGGUGUAAUAAUGCAUAGUAGCAUUAUAUGAUUCUACCAUAUGUUAAACUUUUUUUGGUACUUUGUAGACAGCUGCCUUAUGCUGUUAUGUGCACAGGAUCUCAACAUUUUACAGGGCUUUAGUUCUCUCAGUGGAGACUAUUCAUUCUGCAGUGGAAUAUCCUCAGUGAUAGUAUUAUACGAUCUGAGAUAUACUGUAAAACUUUUCAUUUGUUCUUGUCACUGUGAUCAUUUCCUUUAGACGUUCCUGGUUGCUGAAUAACUUGCAAUAUUUCUGUAUCAUCCUUUUGGGAGCUGUAGAAGUAUGGUAGGAACAUCUUGACAUAAGUAGGUUUACCACGAGCAGAACUUGUUUUUUUAAUAAAACACAUCGUUGAAGCUCCUGGCAGCAGUUGCUAAGUAAUCCUCUGUCUCAGCAGAGUCUCCAAUUUGCAACUCCCACCUAUGAGAAGUGCCAAGGUGGUGUAACAGUAUUACAAAACCACUACGUUUUUGUUUGAAGAAUAAUUUCUACACAGCGUUUUAAGUUCUAACACCUAGAUUUAGUGGAAAUGCAUACAUUUUGAAUUUUAAUACUUUAUUUUAAAGUCAAAUAAUCCUUGUUGUAUGACUGCAGUGUUUCUAUUUUAUGCACAUGUUAUGUUUGAGAAAAUGUUUACAAAAAUUGUUUUACACUAAUGUGCAUCGUAUAUUUAUGUUUUUUUUUUGAAAAUUAUUUGUUUUUAGUUUUAGUUUUGUAUUAUGAUUACAUUCGGUGAUUAUAACCCUGAACUCUGCUGAUACCAAGAAGGUGAUAGUUUUUUUAAAAUUGUGAGGUAUUACUAUGUCUAGCUGCAAAGCAGAUUGGGAAAUAUGGUUACAAGUAAACCUCUUCAACCAGUUUUCUGCUGUGUGAUCUAACUUAUGUCCUCUGUGUAUCAUGAGAAUUCCUGUAUUUUCCCUGAAAAUCAUCUUUUCUUGAAUAAAAAUCAACUUAAUGCACAUUGUGCAUAACAUGA